AUGAGUGAUUUAGACAGACAAAUUGAGCAGUUAAGACGUUGUGAGCCGAUCAAGGAAUCUGAAGUAAAAUUAUUAUGUAUGAAGGCUAGAGAAAUCCUUGUAGAGGAGGCAAAUGUGCAGAGAAUUGAUACUCCAGUAACAAUUUGUGGAGAUAUUCACGGCCAAUUUUUUGAUCUAAUGGAGCUUUUUAAAAUUGGUGGCGAACUUCCUGAUACAAAUUACUUAUUUUUGGGUGAUUUUGUUGACAGAGGAUAUUAUAGUGUAGAAACUUUCUUGCUUCUUAUUGCUCUUAAGGUCAGGUACCCAGAUAGAAUUAUGCUUAUUAGAGGGAACCAUGAGACGCGACAAAUUACACAAGUUUAUGGAUUUUAUGAUGAAUGUCUUCGUAAAUAUGGGAGUGUAAAUGUUUGGAGGUAUUGCACAGAAAUAUUUGAUUACCUUUCUCUUGCUUCAUUGAUUGAAGACCGAAUUUUAUGCGUCCAUGGAGGACUGUCUCCUAGUAUUACAACAAUUGAUGAAAUACGGAGCCUAGAUAGAAAGCAAGAAGUCCCUCAUGAUGGAUCUAUGUGCGAUCUUCUUUGGUCCGACCCAGAAGAAAUAAAUGGAUGGGGAAUUAGCCCAAGAGGUGCUGGAUAUAUUUUUGGGUCGGAUGUAGUAAAAAGUUUCAAUCAUUGUAACGAUAUUGAACUGAUUACACGAGCUCAUCAGCUUGCUAUGGAUGGUUAUAAGUGGUGGUUUGAGCAAAAUCUAGUCACUGUUUGGAGUGCACCGAACUAUUGUUACAGAUGUGGGAAUAUUGCUACUGUAAUGGAGUUAGAUGAACAAUUAAACUACCACUUUAAAACAUUUGAGGCAGCUCCUGCUGAACAGAGAGGAAUUCCUGCCAAAAGGCCUGCUCCCGACUAUUUUAUUUGA